AAUUACAUUUGGGUAACUUAUCGGAUAGUAAUUCACAAUCAAAUUCUUAUCUACAUAUCAAUGAUCCGCUUAGAAAUAUUGGAAAGGAUAUAAAAAAUACAAUUGCAAGUUAUCCAAAUAUUAAAUACUUUGAAAAUGUAUUAUUGGUUCUUACUGUUUCUAUGGAGUAUUUAGAAAAAGACGAAGCUAUUAUGAGAGAACGUGUACAUGAUGCAAAACUCGUUAGAAAUAAAUCUUCGGAAAAGAUACAAUUUAUUACAGAAUCUGAGGCUGCAGCAAUUUAUUGUAUAAAAAAUGAAUUACAGAAAUAUAACUUAUCUACAGGAGAGCCAUUUAUUAUCGUCGACUGCGGCGAAAGUACUAUUGAUAUAACUACUCACGAGUUUGUUGAAAACAAUCCAUUACAAUUAAGCGAAAUUACUCAAAAGUUGGUUGAGAAUAAUCCAUUACAAUUAAGCGAAAUUACCACUCGCGUUAGAGAUUUCUGUGGAAGUAUAUUGAUUGAUAAAGAAUUAAUUACAUUUUUACAUGAAAAAUAUGGGAUUGAUCCACUAUUAAUAUUAUCAAGAACAGAUUUUCUCUGUCAAUCAGGACCGCUCAUUAUUUAUAAUAU